UCCCUGUUUUGUUGAAUAAAUCUAAUUUCGUAUUGCUGUAGCCCUGGUUUACAGCAAGAAAUUUACUAAAAAAUACCAAAUCAACUGUCAGUGUCACUUUUUUCUAAUUUUGUUGCCACGAAAUAUGGUUUUGCUCGACAACUCGAACUUCAUACUCCGCCUGGAGAAGAUUGCGAAUGCGGCCAAGAAAGACUCGUCUUUUACGGUAACGUUCAAACGCUACGAUGGCAACAACAAGCCUGUGCCCAGAGCUGGAAGACCACCGUUACCCAAACCAGAUGUCUACACGUGCCUGGUGCGAGCCCAGUGCAAGUCUCAAAAGAUUUCGACAGUUGUGCGGCAGGAGGAUGUGCCCACCAUGAUGGGCAUGUACUCGCAGUUCAUGAAGAGCAAAAUGGAUGGCCUGAAGCGUGUGAAGAAGGUGAAAAGCAAGGCCAAAGCGACCAAGGGAUAGUGGGGGGUUUAGUUAAAGAAUUUAGUUGCCUUUUAAAUGCAUUUUCUUUCGUAA